AUGGCGUUAGUCUUGAGAGUGGUCAUGCAAUUCCUUGGACUUGUACUGUCCGUGCUGGGGUGGGUUUUAUCCAUGAUCACAACUUACCUGCCGCACUGGAAGAACCUGAACCUGGAGCUGAACGAGAUGGAGAACUGGACCCUGGGCCUGUGGCAGGCCUGCGUCGUCCGGGACGAGGUGGGGAGGCAAUGCAAGGACUUCGACUCCUUCCUGGCCCUGCCCGUGGAGCUCCGCGUCUCCAGGAUCCUCAUGUUCCUGUCCCAUGGGCUGGGACUCCUGGGCCUGCUGGUCUCGGGGUCUGGGCUGGACUGCCUGAGAGUCGGAGAGAGACAGCGAGAGCGGAAGAAGCGGCUGCUGAUCCUGGGAGGGGUCCUGUUCUGGACGGCGGGCGUCGGGGUCCUGGUGCCGGUCUCCUGGGUCGCCCAUGUGACCGUGCAGGAGUUCUGGGACGAGACCCUCCCGGAGGUGGUGCCCAGGUGGGAGUUCGGGGAAGCCCUCUUCCUGGGCUGGUUCGCUGGAUUUUCUCUCCUCCUCGGGGGCUGCCUGGUAACCUGGGCCGCCUGCUGCACCCAGGCUCCGCUGGCUGCGGGCCGCUACGCAGCGGCAGACACGCAGGCACAGUGUCCAUGCCUGGAAAAUGGGACUGCGGCUCCGAAAGUGUGACUUGGACAAGACCAGGGAGCCCUCUUUUCCGCACCAACGGUGCUGUAGGUCCGCACGGGAAAAGGGGUCUUUGUUACGUAACUAAAUCUGUGCUGCUCACUUUUUCUCAUAAAAUAAUUACUUUUUUAUCCUAGAUCUCCCCCUCCCCCCAAAAAUCUGGAGAAGAGGCAGCCUCAUAUCUACAAGAAAAUUACUAUGUUAAGCAUUACAUAGGUCUGAGCAAGAAAAAAUGUAAUUGAUCUGGUUAUUUAAAUAAAACUGGUGGUGGUUGU